AUGAGCGGCCAUCUUUUUUCUUUUUUCUUUGAAUUCUUUACAUUCGAUGAACGUGCGAAGUCUCUUUACUUCCAUUUUUUCUUUUCUUUUCCUUUUAUUCCCUUUUUCUCUCCACUGUCUUUUUUUAUUAUUAUUUUAUUACGACGAUACUUUUAUUUUCAGUUGUUUUCUUUCCUAAAUAAUUCUUGCUUUUCCUUUCUUUAUCUUCUUUUUCUGUUUUCUUUUACUUUUCCUUUCUUUUUUGUUCUUUUCUUUUUCUUUUCUUUCUCUUUCUUUUCAGUUUCCAUCUCAUUCUCUGCGUUCAUUCUUUCUUUGUCUUUUUUCUUUUGCGUUCUUUUUCUUUCCUUUAUUCUUUCUCUUUCCUUUCUUUAUUCUAUUUAUUUUUCUCUUUAUUAUUAUUAUCAUUAUAUUUAUCAUUAUUUAUUUAUUUAUAAUGUUUAUUUUCAUCUAUCCUCUUUCUCUUCUCUUAUUCUCUUUUUUUUUCUUUUUCGUUUUCUUUCCUUUCUUUUUAUUCUUCCCUUUAAAAUAUUUUCCUUCUUUCAGCAUUCCUAUUAUUGCUGUUUUCCCUAUUUCUACUCCGUCUUUUAUGACAACAAUGCUCUCAGUCGAAAAAACAACAAUUCUCAAAUGGCGUCUCGACCUAUUUUCUCUCUUUUCACAUUUGUCUUCUUCAAAACUCCCCCUCCCCAUGCCCCACCCUUUUUUUUCCCCCAAUUCUUUUCUUUAUUCGCUGCAAUCUUCAACCACUUCCCUUGCGCAAGUUGCAGCUCGAGGAUGUUGGUAUUAAAAAUCACCCACAGAAGGUGUCCUGCAUUCCGCUUCCUGCAGAAAUGGUAUUAUCUUGACGAGUACACACCUUGCCAACCGACUUGUGGUAACAGCUCGCAGCAACGACUGGUCGAAUGUGUCGAGGAAAACACGCAACAACCAGACCAGCACAUUUUCUACGCAGUCCCGGGCAAGUUCUGUAUGGGCCCAAUGCCCCAGAUGCUAAAGUCUUGUACCAGCGCCGAUACAUGCCAAGCUAUCUGGGGGUUAAGUCCUUGGGAAAAGUGCUCUGUAACCUGUCAUGGUGGUAUCCAGAGACGAACAAUCACGUGUCAGAAGACAUUACCGGACGGAAGCACAGUCAGCGUCAGUGACACUGAAUGCGCGGACAUACCCCGCGCACGCUCUGUUCGAGUUUGCAACUCUUUCCCGUGCCAGUGGCCCAAAAUACGCGAACCAGUGUGGAAAUUCUUCCAGCUGACUCAGUUGGACCACGUCAACCUGUUCACCGGCUCCCAGGCUUAUAUUCUACCUGGAACCGCGCUCCACAUACGCUGUCUAACCAGAGGAAUCGAUCGAAAUUCGAUCAUGUGGCUGAGAAACAACCAAUCGAUGGACACGAACAGCUCAGACGUGAACCAGCCAACGUACAAGUCGCGUCAGAGAAUCUUCAUCCGGACGUUUUACAACGUUUCAGGCUCUAUGAACUACACGUGCAAAACGGAAACCUUCCACAACAAUGUCACCAAUGUUUUGUCUUCGACACUGACCGUCUACUUCAUCAAUCUUGCUGAUAUCUUGCCAGCUAAAGACGAACGGGGGCUCUACCUCCCCAGUGUGCCUUCAUUGCCUUACCCACGAGUGACGGACCCUUAUGAUAAAGUGAGGAGGAGGGUUCAAUAUGUCCCGAGUAAGUGGUCGCCGUGCACAGCCCGGGUUUGCAAAAGAUAUGGACGCCAGGAACGUAACGUGUCCUGUGAAAUCAUCACCAGUCAAUAUAUCGAGGAGUUACCGCCAGUUGUGUGUAAAAAGGCCAAUUUGAAACGACCAGAAAAAAUACGAAAAUGUCGGACCGAUUGUUUUAAAUGGAUUACAUAUGAUUGGUCGAAAUGCAUUCCCCGGCGCUGUGUUCGGGAUUAUGUCUCCAUACAAAAGCGACGAAUCGUUUGCUACAACAGCAUGACACGCAAGAUUACUAGACGGCGUUACUGCAAGCACUUAAAGACGCCCCCAUUGCAACGUGAAUGCCACACACCUUUAUGUGAAUCAUAUUGGAAAACUUCAGCUUGGAGCAAGUGUCGAGGAAAAUGUGGAGACUUGAGUUAUCAGAUUCGAUUUUAUUGGUGCCAUUGGAGAAAAACCGACCUAUUUGCCGAGAAAAACUGUAACCUAAAGCCUCGACCCAUGAUGAAAAGAGCAUGCCGAGUACCUCCAUGUAAACUCGGUAAGUUCAGACAGAAUAUUAUUUUGAAUAUAAAAACAAUUUGUUUGAUCCUUACAGGGGAUAUUUCGACACUCUUCUAUAAAUAA